CUGGUGUGGGCCUGGUUGGAAUCGGGUGUCUGUCCUGAGCACCAGCAGCGCUCACAGAUUGUCUAAUUAGAUUAAGUGAGGCUUUCCUCAGAUAAUCUGCAGCUCCCAGUUUUCCACUGAGCCUCUGAAGGUCAGACUGUUCUUUGGUUUGGUGCAGCAACAUCUGAGGAACUGUGGACCUAUAAGGGCUGGUUCUGGACUCCUUGAUGAAGUUGUUGUGUCUGAUUGGACUGUGAUUGAUGGUGCUAGCGGGAGGAGAUGGAGGAAGUUUCUAGUCUUUCUUCUGUUAUAUCUCCUCCUUGUGACCGACACUGACUGUUUUUGGUAAAGUACUAGAAGAAGACGCCGACAUGGCCAGCAACUCUUUUUGGGUGCACAAACAUGGGUGCCAGAUGAAGCCCAACCACGAGGCGCCUUCCGGUUGCUCAGUGAAGGAGCUUUGCACUCUGAUGGAGCUGAGAGGCCCUGCGGCGCUGAUCCACAUCCAGGAGACUUACGGAGACAUUAAUGGACUCUGUGGCCGACUCCGAACGUCACCUGUUGCGGGUUUGGAUGAUAAUGGCGAGGACAUCAGCAGGAGAAAACAAGAGUUUGGUCAGAAUAUUAUUCCUCCUAAAAAGCCAAAGAACUUCAUGGAGCUGGUUUGGGAGGCUCUGCAGGAUGUCACACUGAUUAUCCUGGAGGUGGCAGCCAUCAUUUCUCUCGGCCUGUCCUUCUACAGACCGCCAGACGUGGAGCGAGAGCACUGUGGGAGGGCGGCCGGCCACGUGGACGAUGAGAGCGAUGUCGACACCGGCUGGAUCGAAGGCGCUGCCAUUCUGCUGUCUGUGGUCUGUGUGGUUUUGGUGACGGCGUUCAAUGACUGGAGCAAAGAGAAGCAGUUCCGAGGCCUCCAGAGCCGCAUUGAGCAGGAGCAGAAGUUCACAGUGGUGCGCAGUGGGCAGGUCACUCAGGUCAAUGUGUCCGACAUCGUCGUCGGUGACAUUGCACAGGUCAAAUAUGGUGACCUUCUGCCUGCUGACGGCAUCCUGAUUCAGGGGAAUGACCUGAAGAUGGACGAGAGUUCUCUGACAGGAGAGUCAGAUCACGUCAAGAAGAGUCUGGAUAAAGAUCCUAUGAUGCUCUCAGGUACCCAUGUGAUGGAGGGUUCUGGUAAAAUGGUGGUGACUGCUGUGGGCGUGAACUCGCAGACGGGCAUCAUCUUCAGGCUGCUCGGCUCUGGUGAGGAUGGUGAGGACCAAAAGGCCAAGAUGGACAAAGAGAGAAAGAGAGAGAAGUACAAGAAGGCGGCAGAAGUCAAAACGGAAAAGAAAAGAAAAGACGGUGUGGCGAUGCAGCAGCUCACUGAAAAUGGAGCUCUGGAGAAAAACACCACAGUCUUACCAAAGAAGGAGAAGUCAGUUCUCCAGGGGAAGCUGACCAAACUGGCUGUGCAGAUUGGCAAAGCAGGUCUGUUUAUGUCCAGUCUCACCGUCAUCAUCCUCAUCACCUUCUUCUUGGUGGACACCUUCUGGAUUCAGGGUCUUCCAUGGAUCCCUGAGUGUUUGCCCAUUUACAUCCAGUUCUGUGUUAAGUUCUUCAUCAUCGGCGUGACGGUGCUGGUCGUGGCCGUUCCAGAAGGUCUUCCGCUGGCCGUCACCAUCUCUCUGGCUUACUCUGUGAAGAAAAUGAUGAAGGACAAUAAUCUAGUUCGCCAUUUGGAUGCCUGUGAAACGAUGGGUAACGCCACCGCCAUCUGCUCCGACAAGACCGGUACACUUACCAUGAACCGCAUGAGGGUAGUACAGGCCUACAUUGGCGAACGCUACUUCAAGAAGGUGCCGGAGCCAGAUUUGAUCUCCAGCAACAUCCUCGAUCUGCUUGUCCAGGGGAUUGGGGUCAAUUGUGCCUACACCACCAAGAUCCUUCCUCCAGAGAAGGAAGGUGGACUCCCUCUUCAAGUGGGAAACAAGACAGAAUGUGCCUUACUGGGCUUCACCCUUGACCUGCACCAUGACUACACGACCAUCCGCAACCAAAUUCCAGAGGAAAAACUGUUCAAGGUUUACACAUUUAACUCUGUUAGAAAGUCAAUGAGCACUGUGCUGAAGAACCCAGACGGGACCUACCGAAUGUUCAGUAAGGGAGCUUCUGAAAUCCUCCUGAAGAAGUGUUGUAAGAUCUUGAUGUUCAGCGGCAAGGAGAGAAGCUUCAAGCCUCAUGACAGGAUUGGGCUCGUGAAGAAGGUGGUGGAGCCCAUGGCAUCAGAGGGCCUGAGGACCAUCUGCCUAGCCUACAGGGAUUUCCCUGUUGCUGAUGAACAGCCAGACUGGGACAACGAGGCUGAAAUAGUCACAAGUCUCACCUGCAUCUGUGUCGUUGGCAUUGAGGACCCUGUCCGUCCUGAGGUGCCAGACGCCAUCAGGAAAUGCCAGCAUGCCGGGAUUACUGUGCGUAUGGUCACAGGUGACAACAUCAACACGGCCCGUGCCAUCGCCGCAAAAUGCGGCAUCCUGCAUCCUGGAGAUGACUUCCUCUGUAUGGAGGGCAAAGAGUUCAACCAAAAGAUCCGUAAUGAGCUCGGCGAGGUUGAGCAGGAACGUCUUGAUAAGAUUUGGCCAAAGCUUCGAGUCCUCGCCCGGUCGUCUCCCACUGACAAACACACGCUGGUGAAAGGUAUCAUCGACAGCACAGUGUUUGAGCAGAGACAGGUUGUCGCGGUAACAGGAGAUGGAACAAAUGAUGGGCCCGCACUCAAGAAAGCUGACGUUGGCUUCGCCAUGGGCAUCGCAGGAACGGAUGUGGCAAAGGAAGCGUCGGACAUCAUUCUGACCGAUGACAACUUCAGCAGCAUCGUGAAGGCGGUGAUGUGGGGCCGAAACGUCUACGACAGCAUCUCAAAAUUCCUCCAGUUCCAGCUUACUGUUAACGUGGUUGCUGUCAUUGUGGCCUUCACCGGAGCCUGCAUCACCCAGGACUCUCCUCUGAAGGCGGUGCAGAUGUUGUGGGUCAAUCUUAUCAUGGACACCUUUGCAUCACUGGCGCUCGCCACUGAACCACCAACAGAGACACUGCUGCUUCGUAACCCGUACGGCCGCAAGAAACCGCUCAUCUCCCGCACCAUGAUGAAGAACAUCCUGGGCCAAGCGAUCUAUCAACUGACCAUCAUCUUCAUGCUGCUCUUCAUCGGUGAGAAGCUCUUUGACAUUGAUUGUGGCAGACACGCCCCCCUCCAUGCCCCGCCCUCUGAACACUACACCAUCGUGUUCAACACCUUUGUGCUGAUGCAGCUGUUUAAUGAGCUCAAUGCCCGAAAGAUCCACGGUGAGAGAAACGUCUUUGAAGGUGUCUUCAACAGCCCCAUCUUCUGCUCUGUUGUUCUCGGGACCUUCGUCAUACAGGUCAUCAUCAUCCACUUUGGUGGCAAACCAUUCAGCUGUGUCACGUUGACCAUGGACCAAUGGCUGUGGUGCAUCUUCCUCGGCGUGGGCACCCUCCUGUGGGGACAGCUGGUUUCUACAGUCCCCACCAGCCGGCUGAGGUUCCUGGUGACGGCGGGCCAUGGUACGCAGCGGGAGGAGAUCCCAGAGGAGGAACUGGAAGUGAUGAAAGACCUGGAUGAGAUCGACCACGCUGAGAUGGAACUGAGGCGGGGCCAUGUGUUAUGGUGUCGAGGCCUGAACCGGAUCCAGACGCAGAUCCGUGUGGUCAAUGCAUUCCGUGAUAGUGUGUCACCGUAUGAAGGCCUAGAAACACCCGAAUCUCGCAGCUCCAUCCACAACUUCAUGAACCACCCAGAGUUUUGUUUUGAGGAUUGGGAGACACAUAUCCCACUGAUCGAUGAGACUGAAAACGAGGAUUACACCCCCACCAACCACAACUCUGUCAACAUGCCACCUCUGACAGGACUCUCUGCCCUGAUGGUCUGCCCAUCGUCUUCAAACCAGAACAAUAACACCAUGGACAUGGUUGCUUCUCUACACAAGGAUGCUGUAAACUCAACAGGGCUGCUUUUGUGUCCAGGAAGUCCUCUGCACAGCCUGGAGACUUCGCUCUGAGACGUGUACCUGCCAUUUGGUUACUUCUUGAUUGACUGAUGACAUCACCUGCAAUGGUUAGUUCUCUUGCACUUUUUUUAACAGUUACACCUGUGGAGGAGUGGAAACAAAGUCCAGCACCCAAUGAGACUAUAACGAGUCUACUUCCUGGUUUUUGAAUCCAGAAGUAGACUUGUUUCCAGGUUUGUGGUACUGAAGGAGAACACAACAGCUGCUGUGGAAGUUUAUUUUCUGGAAAACAGCUGCAUUUGUCUGGUGUUAGCUGGAUUUGAUCUCAACCAAACAUCUCAGACAUAAGACCCCAGACGUCUCCAACCCUAACCUGUCAUGCAUCUUUU